CUUUGGCCCGUUGUUUCUUGCUGAUGCUGCAGACCCAGUAUCAUUUCUUCCAGACUGCGGCUGACCUUCACGCACCUCUAAGUCGUUAUCAAGAACUAGAAGAUCUCUUCAUUGGUGAAGAGUGUCAACCAGAAGUCAGGGAUGCUUGUUCGUCAUGGAUGUCCGCUGCACAGCUGACGAGAUCACUCCGACGCGGUGAUAGCUUGACAUCAGAUGAAGUCAAUCUCCUGGAGACUGAGAGAGGGAAGUCCAGUCAGGAUGAUCCUAAGCUAAUGGAAGCUAGAAGAAAACUAGAAUCACAAUCAAUGAUCUACAAACAUGAGAUUGCCAUCUUGCCCCAGACGAGCUUUGCUCUACUUGGUGGGUUUCACCUGCACCUGCAAUGCCUUUCGAUGCUCCUUCGCUCAUGCUGUAUGCCUAGUGAAGCACAGGACAUCAUUAAUAGACACGGGAGCAGCCAAUUAGCCGCUAUGGCCAUGGGCAUAGGUAACCAGACUACAGUAGGUCAGACAGAGCCUCAAGUAAACCAGCAGGAAUGGUUUGAGGCAGUGUGCAGGGAGCUCAAGACUACAACCCUUCAGGUCGAUGGGACGCUUUGCAGGCAGACGUCCAACGUCGAGGAGGACUUCAACAUCAAAAUGAAAACCAUCAAGAACCUUGUGAAAGAGCUUGCAACCCACCUAGGUUUAAUGGUAGAUGUCCAGUCUAUUACAGCACAGAUCGUUAGUCAUGCAUGUUCAUCAUUAGCUUAUCUUCAUAGUCAGACAGCAGUUCAACUUCUCUUUGGAAGAGCUUACGUGGUCACAGCUCGUGCAGCUGAGGUGGCUGAGCCUUAUAAGAGGUAUGCCCAGGUCACUUCACAGGAAGGAGCAAUCGUAAUAGAGGUACCAUCGGUAUGGGACUUAGUGAUGGUGGGCGGAGCUGGUCUCCAAGGGGUGUGUCCUGAUGUACAGGAUAAUAACAAUACUGGAUCAAGUCAGCAGGCUGAGCGACAGAAGCAGCAGCAGCAGUCACAGUCUGGGCUUGGAGCUUGUGAAGUGGUCUAUUCAGCCAAGAUUGAUCUGUUAGAUGUGGUAGAGAGAAGAAGAAUAUCCUUACCCAUCAUCCAAGUGAAGUUGGUCAAGAAGGACAUCACCAUCACGGUGACCGGUCCGCACACCAGCAUGUCCAGCACCUCGAUGACCUCUACCACCCAAUCCGACAGCCUCUCCUCGCCUUGCGGGAUGAAGCGCACCAUCGAGAAGCUGGUUUCAAAGUUCCGUCAGAGAGUGCCCAUCAGCAAGGCCACGCCCGCAUCGUCCUCCCCUCCCUCCGCCACCACCGCCCACGCCUCACGGUCGGCAUUCUACCUCCCUAUCAGCCAGCUGGAAGUCCAGGCAGCGGUCGUCGGAGGAGGGGUCAGUCCGGGGAACGCCAGCCACACGGCAUGCAGCAGCUUGCUGUCUUCACCAUCGAUAUCGAGUGGGUCAUCCACGAUGUCAUCUAACAGCAGUCUGUACGAGAGAGAGACUCCUGAUUCUGAUGGGCCAAAGAAUAUCAAGAUGGUGCCUGGUGAGAAAGUUAUCAAGUCUGACCCCAAGGACUAUGAUGGUAAGAGUCCAAUGCUAGGACCAAUGGUGACCAUCACAUCAGAACCUAGUCCUGUUGAUGAGAAGAACCAUUGGGAGACAUCAAUUAUGCGACAACAUGAUUUGACAAGAACAAAGAAGGGUCUAGCCUCCGACUCUGUUCUGGCUGAUCUUGUGAAUCUUUUGUCUGGAGUUAGGGCCAGAUCCUCCUCCCACCUGGAACCAGGAACCCAAGGCAACAGGCCCUUCCAUGACAGUGUCACCCGGACCUCAAGCUCUAGCAGUACCAGCAGCCAAGGUGGGAGCGGAUGGGGCGGACGCAGCGAUGCCAACGACAACGGCAACCGCUUCGGGAACUACAACCCAUCCUUCCAGGAGGGUGAUCUGAUAGAUCGCAUCCAGGAUCAGCACUCCAGCAUGUGGCCCGUGAAGGCUUUCCCCCAUCAGGCCCCUCCUCACCAGGCCCAGCAGGACCAGGUGCCUCUACGCAGGAUGUCUUUCGAUAACAACAAUGAGGCAGAUUUUGCCAACUACGUGGCCAUGAACCAGCUGGGGAAGCGGUCAAAGCGCUACGGGGACAACCUGAACGUUGCCCAACAGCAGCAUCCUGGGCAUUCCCCUCAGCUGUCUCCAAGGCCUAUCGUGAAAACACAGCAGCAGUGGAGUGUUGGUAGCGUCAAAGAGGAAGGUCCUAUGAGCAAGACUUGGCCGUCAUCAGAUAUGGGUCCUGAAAGGAACGAGAAUCUAAACAACACAUGGUCCAACCCAGCCCAUGACUCUGGUAGCUCUAGUGAUGAAGCAUCUAACAGUGGAGAGAACCCCAAUACCCUCCUGUCCAUGGUGCACAGCUCACCUGCAGGCUCGGGUCUACUUACCCCUGUAUCAAGAAGAAGACACAGCAGUGGAGAAGAUACCUUACACGGCAAACCAUUCUGUCCAAGCCCUGAACCUAUUAUGCACUAUCUGGAUGUUAUUCCAACGGACAAGACAGGCACCAAGACGUGGCCACCCAAGAUGGUCUGGCAGAGACCCAACUCUCCUCAACCCCCACCCCUCGGGACAGGCGCACCACCAGGAGGGGGCGCCGCGGGUAGUCUCGGAAGCAGCACCAACCAACUCUGGCACCACCAGUCACCAUCCAGAGAACAUCUCAAUGUCCAUGCCCCUCUCACACCCCAGUGGAGUGAUCCUCUCUCCUUGAGGGCACCGUCGGUCUGGGCACCUAGCUCCACGCCGGUCUCUCCCUCUGGAUCCAUGAACACCAUAGCUACUUCCUCUACCGCUACCAGUCAUAGUCAAGGUGCAUCGCCCAACCUCUCCAUUAGAGGACAUCCCAAGCUUGAUAGGCGCUAUGCAUACACCUAUCAUUGAGGGGUGCGUCUUCAAUCACAGGUCUACUGCACUUUGAGGGUUAUCCUCAGGGGCAGCCCAAGCUCUCAGGAGGGCAAGGCAUUAUUCUUUAAAUAUCGUCUUCAUAGCAGUGUUGGUAAUAAGGGAAUUUCAAGGGCAGCAAAGCAUUUGAGAUGAGCACCUCAUUGCCUUGUGUUAAGUCACGCUCUGAAUUGGAUCUUUUUUCUUUUAUAGGAUUCCAAGGCUACAGUGAUCCAUAGUGUACUUCAAAUUUGGCAACAAAACUGUUAUUUUUGCACUGCAUUGUUAUGCAAAUUUUGAUGGUACAACAAUGAUUUGGAAUAUCAAUUCCUUUGCCAAAUUGUGGAUUAACUCUAUUUAGUACCAUACCUUCUUGUUUUUCUGGCAUCAGUUACUGUCGAGAAAUAGUAGGUGGAGAUAUUUUCCCUCUAUUCUCUUUAUCAAGAUUGUUUAUUUUAGUGCUUGGAGUUGAUAGCUGUAUAGCUGAAUCAAAAAAUCAUUGUUGCAAAAUUAUUUUUAAAAGAUGUGAUUUCUGACUAUAUAUGUCCCAUGCCUACAGGUUUGCACAUUGUAACGAAGUACCUACAUUGUAGAGACUUACAAAACAUAUCUUAUGAUUGUAUUGUACUUUGCCUAGUUGCACUCAAAUCUUGAAAAUGUUGCUUCAUGAUUCUUUCCAUUAAAAAAAUAAAAAUAAAAGGUUUCACAAAAAAUUGACACUUUCUUAUUUCCUUGAUUUUGAAAUUGCACCAAAAUGAGCAUAAAUCAGGGAAUUUUGCUCAUGUGCUCACCUGAAGUUCUUGUUAUUAAAUCAAGUAUAGUGUGCACACAUACUUAAAAGAUGUUCUCUGUGAAUUUUAGCCUUAAAAUCAAUCUUCCAACUGAAUUAUUGUAAAGGUUCACAUGCAUAAUGGAUUUCAAUUAUUUGAUACAUCAUAUGAGGCUCUUCAUUCUCCUUGUGUGUUGUAUAGUAAUACAUGAGUACAACUCAUCAUGACACUGAUUACAUUUAUCCCUACAAACAGUAAAAUGUCAUUGUGAUCUUACCAUAGACCAGGGCCCGUCUUACAAAGAGUUGCAAUUGAUCCAAUCAACCACCACUUUGGAUGGACAGCAACAUCAACAUCUGAAAUGCAAAUUUGUUCAAAAUAUUUUCUAGAUAUGAUGUAUAUUCAUACAUCCAUCGUUCCCUUGUAGAUUCAGUGUGAUUCUCUUUGUUUACUAAGAAGAUUGUGCAAAUUUCCUGUAGAAAAUGUUAUGGCAUGGAUGGUUUUCCAUACAAUUCAGAUCGAUUGGAUCAGUCGUAACACUUUGUAAGAUGGGGCCCAAUUGUAGCUUGAUGUUGGAGUUCCCACUAACCAAGCAGUCGAUCAGCUUUAUACAAAACAAAACCAUUCAGACUUAUUGUCAGAAACAAGAUGGAGGAUAUUAUCAUUUUUGUCCGAGUGUCAGCCUACAAUUCUUGAGCAACUUCAUUUAUGUUUAUAAUGCAUACAGAUGUGAAGAGCUUUUAAUUUUGUUCCUCUCAUAUGCAUUUCCAAAGAAAUGAAUAGGAGACUCUGUAUACUAGUAACUGAAUUGGUCCAUUGACACAUCCCCUCAGGUUAAUGCUUCUAUAUAAUCAUAACAGUACUAACAACAUGGAAUGGGGAGUCCUCCUAGCAUGCUGCAUACUUAAUCAUCAAAACAAAUUAUACCACUGAGAAUGUUGAUAUGUACAUGUAGAUGUGCUAAUGCAUUUCAGUCGAACAUAAGUUGAAUAUGAAUUGCAUUGCCAGGGUAGGGGUUUUGUAAAAAACAUUUUCAAAUGUGCGAAUCAUGUUGCUUAGAAUGGACUUGUAUUUUGAUGCAUCUCAAUCUGUUGCUGUUGUUUUAAAAUGGGCAAACUAGUCAGUUUUGACUGUUGUUGCCUCGCUAAACGGCUUUCCCUUUUCAACGUAAUUUAUUUGUAGUAUGUUUAUAUAUCUGCAUCCAAUGUAUUAUAUCACAGAAGACUAUGUGAAUGUAACUUGCUGAAUGGAGCUAUUGAGUGAAGCUUGCUGGAAUUUAAUUAGUUGAGAUGUUGAAUUGAAUCAGUGAAGUGAUGUUGGUUCGCUGCUUUAGUGUACAAACAAAAUGCAAUAUACUGUAUAUAUACCAUUUAAAUCAUAGCAUUACUUUUAUGCUCUGCUAUACUGUGUUACUCUUCUCUCAUUAACUUUUGAGUUCUACUCCCUAAUUGAACGUUGCAUAAUUCUCUCAAACUUCUCAGUCCCUUUCUACUCCUUUCCGCUUGUUUUUUACUUACAAGGCAUCACCAGCAAAAGUUAUGUAAGAUGUAUGUUUUCAAGUUAAUUGGUCAAAUUUUUACUUCUAUUUCUGUUUCUUCUUUAUUCCCCGUUUUUUCUUCCUCUCAGUCUGUGAUUUCUCAUUGCUGUAUUUGCAGAUCUUUCUUUUUCCUUCUCUUCUCUCUCUCUCUCUCCCAACAUCCAUUUUCUUCUCUAUUCUCUUCUCUCACAUCCUGUUUUUCUUGUUUUUUCUUUUCUCUUUCUCUCUAAAUAUGAUGCUGGCUUUGAAGAAGAAGGAUGUUAUACUGCUAUUGAUAAUACAUAGCACUUAUAGGCUUCCUGUGAGAAAUCUAUGACAAAGCUCAUGUAAGCAAUGGUAAAAAGUAAAGGUAGAUAACUAGUCAGUACCAUUAUAUAUGAAUCAAAAAGUUAUUUCUACAGAAUCAUGUAAGUAAAUGAGAGUGCUGCACCAAAGAAUACUUAGAAGCGCUUAUGAAUUGACAUUUUUACUUGUUAACAUCAACAUGCAAAUUCAUAACUACGCUUUUUUUUUGUUCGUCAUCUUAUUGUUUUGAUACAAGAGAGCACUGGUAUGCUCAAGGUUUUUAUGAAAAUCAAAAAGCUAAUUGGUAUUUUACUACAUGUAGUUCAUUUCCAUGAAAGGUAGUUUUUGAGCCCUUUGUUGAUUCGAAGGUGCCUCACAGAUAAGAUGGUUGACCCUGACUUUAAAUUCAUUAUUUUUGUAUGACUUGAGCGUUUGCUUUAUUUAUCAUAACAUUUUUUGCAGGAAAAAAAGGUCAAAUUUCGGUUGUUUCUAUAGAAAAUGUAGCCAUUGAUUGCAGAUGGAGAAGUCAACUGAGCAACUGGUUUGCUAAAAUCUAUUUCUUCCGUGGAUGUCUGAGUAACAAGAUUGAACAUGAGGGCUGAUUUAUCUGAGUAUUACAGUGUUGUUGAUCAUGAUAAUAAUAGCUCAUGGCUUGACCAUUUACAGAA